UCAAUCAGUGCUCCUUCGAACAUAACCGCGAAAUAACCUAAAAUGAUUGGUCCAAAAUGAUGUUCCCCUAUAACGUGACAGAUGCUCUAACCAACCAGUAAAUUGCUCAGAAAAAUCCGCGAAAUCGGACUAGUAUCUGGGUCAAACCUAUUUUUAUACAAGUCUAUGGGUCAAACUGGCUAUAGUGGGUUUUGCCUUCGCUCUGUUUGAGUACUUGUACCCUUAAGGUUGCCUAGAUACGACUAGAAGUCUAGUGAAUACUUACGCAAAACGUCUUUAAAGGCACAAUAAAACAAAGUAACGUUGGGCUAGCUGACUACUUAAAAACUUGCUGUAGCUAACUUUAAAUACCAUUCGCUAAUACACUAUUUACUGAGCUAAUAUAUGUUGACGUUAGUUGGCGUUGUUUCAGCUCGCCAUGUGGUACUGACAGGUAGGCGAGAAAAGCGGCAACCGCUAAUGAGACCAGGUGAAAAUGAAAUCUGACAGUUGUUUCUGACAAUGUAACAUUAAGGCAACCCAUAACCUCAGUUGAUGCGUUAAAACAAGUUAUUUGUACGUGCAUGUAAACCUAAAUGUUUUGCUAAGGCGAGCUAAGAUUACCUAGCUCCACAAGGUGUGUAACGUAUCGUUAGCUUUAUAGGACAGUACAACUGUCAAGGAUUUGCACUUCGUGAAUUACUAGCUACCUGCCAUGGCCUUCACUGCUGCUAGAUUAGCUGCUUGACAUGAUUCAUCGAAACUAUGACUAACAUCUGAGAUGCAAUCCUUCGCCGGCCCCAUCGUUUCAUCAUGUGGCUCCUGGCAAUUUCACUGCCGUUGCUCCCAGUGAUUAUCGUCACGGUGACUCGUUACUGGGGCGGGCUGGGGGCCUUGUACCGGCACCUCCUGCGCGUGACGCCCAGGCUGCCAUGGCGACCGGCCGUUUGCGCGCGGAGCGCCCACGGCUUCGUGUUCCAGAACUGCACUCACGGCCGGCCCGAGAGCGUCCUGGAGACCUUCCACCUGUACGCCCGGACGCACCCCUCCCUCAGCCUGGGUCCAGAAAGAGGUGAGCUUCUGGAUGAGGUGGUGCGGCGAGUAGCUCCGACAUGGGCGUUGGAGUUGGGCACGCACUGCGGGUACGCGUCUGUCCGGAUCCUGCGGCUGCUGCCCCCUACAGGCCGGCUGCUGACAGUGGAGCACGACGCCACCACCGCUGAUUUUGGAGAGGAAGUCAUUCUGGUGGCUGGAUUUAAACACUCACAGUUCCAGCUGCUGACGUGCCCGUCGAAGGACGCCAUCCCUCGCCUGCGCGCCCACGUGGGGGCGGAGGUCCUGCAGCUGGUGCUGAUGGACCACGACGCGGGCCAGUACCUGCCCGACCUGCUGGCCCUGGAGCGGGAGGGCCUGAUUGGCCCGGGCUGCGUCCUGCUCUUCAGCGACGCGCACCUCCCCGCCGCGCGCGGCCUCCUGGAGCACGUCGCCGGCAGGCCCCAGCAGUACGCCGCCCGCCGCCAGGUACACGGCCUGCUGGAGCUGCAGCGCCACCUGCUGGACACUCCCGCUCCUCAGAGCAGCGCGCGGGACCCGUCGCUAUCUGACUGACGUUCACUGCUGCUGCUGUUAGCCGUUCUUUAACGCUACCUUUACCCUGCAGUUGGGGGUUUUUUUUUACUCCGUGUUGUAUUUGUGUGUCUGGAACGUUGCGGCAUUCUGACGCGGCAUGCGUGCGCACGUCGGCAGAGACGCCUUUAUUGCUUGUCGGUAGGCAGGCUACGGAUGGCAACAAACAAACCAUGAACGUUUCAAUUUGGCCUUCGGGCUUUUUAUUUUUCCCUUGUAAUAAAGCCAAGAUCUCAGGUAUCUGAGUGUCAUUGAUGGAUUAUCUCGUCAGAGAUU